ACACAUUAAAACAAUAAAAACUAGAAAAAAAAAGUAAAUAUAUAAAGUUUCGGGAAGUUUACGUAUUGAUCACAAUGCAAUCUAAAAAACGCGAGACAGACGAAAAGCAACUGCGCAAGAAAAGUUUUCGAUUGCGCUUUAAGAAAUUGGUGUUAACUGUGAUGCUGAAUCAGCAAUGGAUGGAUGAACCCGAGGAGCAGGGCAUCGUAAUGAAUGCUAAGAAGAAUGUUGCCUUUCUCAUCAGGCAGAAGCGCAAGACCGGUGUUCUGACAGUUGCGGAAAUUUUUUUUUUUUUUACUCCCCAUGCGAACCGCACUGUAGAGGAGCGUAAGAAACUCUGCCUAAUUGUAGCUGCUCUGCCGUGCUUCUCAACUUUUCCUCCAAAAUUACGAGUCCGGCUAAUACCGUAUUUAAAGUUCGCCAACUAUGGAGAAGAUCGAAUGUUAAUACGACAAAAUGAUAUACCGAUUACAGUUUAUUUCAUGAUAUCUGGCGAGGUUGAAAUGAGGAAAAACAUCUACGAUAAGGUGGGUUUUCAGGUUGUGCGAGCAUGCGCCUAUUGCCAGCUGGAGGAGUACGAUCCACUGCACUCGAUCUACUCGGAGGACAGGGGAGCUGUCAGCUGUGUUCACUUCAUAUUGAGCGGCGAAUGCGUUGUCUUACAGUGCCUCAAAGUGAUCCGAGUCAUCAAACCGGAUGGCACAAGAACGUAUGAAUUGGUCGCUGUUAAGGAGAAGGAACAGGAUAUUUUUGUCAAUCCAACAAAAUCGGCCCGAUCAUUCAAUAGCUCAUUCCUCGACGAAGCCCAAAGGAAGGAUAAACAUUUAUCUGAAUCGGAGUUCAAUCUCGCUGAUCUACUGGCAUCGUCAUCGGACCUCAACGACGAGGAGUCUAGAGCGCAAAGAAAAGCGAAGCGUAAAACGGGUCUGCGAGAAAUUGAAAUCGCUUGUGGACUUGCCACUGGCACCUCAGUGAAUUCAAGUAAAAAGAAGUUACGCGGCUCCACCAGGCGAAUAACAACAAUGAAAUUUAAGCAUUCAUUGAGUAAUAUUUGGAAAGUGGAUUUCGAGGACGACGAAGAGGAUAUGGUUGUCUUUAUUGAAGAGGAUGAUGAUAAUUCACUCAAAGACGAAAGCGAAAACCAAAAGAAAAGCGAUCCUACUUCCAUCCUUCCGAAUAGCUCAACAACAAAAUUAUCCAAAACAUCCAUAAUACAAGAUAAACAGCCAUCGAGCGAGGUGGAACUCGCCACGACCGUAAUCGGUCCCAAGCUGAGCAGGAUCAAGAACGUAACUGUUGUUGGUGCAGAUGGAGCCAUUGCAGAUGCAUCGGCUUCAAACGAUUCAGACGAUAGCUCAAGCUCGCUGCUGGGCUUUCAUAUCCGCCAUGAGAAGAAGAGUUUAGCAAAUCUGCCCACAGAGACGCAUUUCAUAGACGUCGGCUCCUUGACCUAUGGCGGUAUCUUUGGCCUGGGCGAAAAAAUCACCCAUCGUGUCAUAAUGGCUCGCACCGUGGUGCAAUGUCUGCUAUUGCCUCGCUAUUGGCUCAUGGCCGCGGAACAGAAUCCGGGCCAUAUCUGGAUGCGACGCAGAUUCUCGCUGGAAACGAAUAUACCGUCGCGCGAGGAUCUGUUCGAUCAUUUCCUGAAGACGCGCCGCUGGGAGAAAUUCAAGCGAGACUAUGUGCAGAGCACAUUGAUUGAGACUAACACUAAUGGUACACAUCCAGAAGAUAUACCCAUUAUCUGUCGCAUUGUUGAGACCACAGAUGAUAUUUAAUGCAAAUCGGAUGGACUUUGGCCAAUCAAAUUCUAUGUGUGUGUGCUCAGAAGACAGUUAUGUAAAUAUCAGAUAUUCAAAUUAGUGCAAAAUUAUGCAUAGCGCUCCAUUUUGGAGCACUAAGAAAUUGACGGUUCUAUGUGAA